AUGUCGUUAUCUUUAGUAUYGUACCGUUUAAGGAAAAACCCGUGUCUGAACAUUUUCCUGCCCGUUUUGGCCAUAUUUCUAAUAUAUAUUAUUUUCUUCCAAAGAGAUCAAUCCUUACUGGGACUUAAUGGGCAAUCGAUUUCUCAACACAAAUGGGCCCAUGAGAAGGAAAACACAUUCUACUUUCCUUUCACCAAGAAAUAUAAGAUGCCAAAGUAUUCCUAUAAAAAGAAAAGCGGCUGGCUGUUUAAUGACCACGUAGAGGAUAUUAUUCCAGAAGGUCAUAUCGCCCAUUACGAUUUGAACAAAUUGCACUCCACACCGGAUGCAGCUGUCAAUAAGGAACACAUUCUGAUUUUGACCCCAAUGCAAACAUUUCACCAGCAAUACUGGGAUAAUUUGCUACAGCUAAAUUAUCCUCGGGAGUUGAUUGAAUUGGGGUUCAUUACUCCAAGAACAACCACUGGUGACUUAGCUUUAAAAAAAUUAGAAAGUGCUAUUAAAAAAGUUCAAACUGACAAGAAAACCCAAAGAUUCAGUAAAAUCACUAUUUUACGACAGAAUUCUCAAAGUUUUGAUAAGUUGAUGGAAAAGGAAAGACAUGCUUUAGAAGUUCAAAAGGAGAGACGUGCAGCUAUGGCUUUAGCUCGUAACGAAUUAUUAUUUUCCACUAUAGGCCCUCACACUUCGUGGGUUUUAUGGCUAGAUGCCGAUAUCAUAGAGACACCAAUAUCUUUAAUUCAGGAUAUGACUCAGCACAACAAAGCCGUCUUGGCUGCCAAUAUCUACCAAAGAUUCUAUGACCAAGAAAAGAAACAAGCAUCGAUUAGACCAUACGACUUUAACAACUGGCAAGAGAGUGAAACUGGUUUGGAAAUAGCUUCACAAAUGGGUGACGACGAGAUUAUCGUGGAAGGUUAUGCAGAAAUUGCCACUUACAGACCACUAAUGGCCCAUUUUUUUGACGCCAACGGGUUACAAAAUGAAGAAAUGACAUUGGAUGGUGUUGGUGGUGGUUGUACUUUAGUUAAAGCAGAAGUUCAUAGAGACGGUGCUAUGUUCCCCAAUUUCCCAUUUUACCACUUGAUUGAAACAGAAGGUUUUGCCAAGAUGGCCAAGAGACUAAACUACGAUGUAUUUGGUUUGCCAAAUUAUCUAGUGUAUCACAUAGAGGAAGAGAACCAUUAA